CUUAAUAAGAUGGGAAGGUUGUAUGAAAAGGUCCUCACAUAUGGCACCGGCACUCGCUAUUCAAUUUACAUCCUUCCGAUUGCGAUCAUAAUCAUGAUUCCUAUCAUUGUCGGGGCCACGCAAGUCAACAGAACAGAUCCAAAAAUUGGAGGUGUAAGGCUAGCUUGGUUCUUUACCUGGGUAGAAGCUGUAUGGCUUUCAUUCUGGGCCAUGAGGUUCGUCACCAGAUGCUUUCCCGGAGCGUUCCGCUAUUUCGCGGGCGUAGUCAGCUCAGAGACGAAGAAGUACGCCCGAGUUCUCGAGAAUCUGCAGGAUGCCUUUACCGUGUUUGGAUGGGUGAUCAUCUCAUUCGUUCUCUACGAAGUUCUCUUCAGUACCUCAGCGGCAGGAAAUGCCCCAUAUGGCUGGACCAAGACCUUCAAGAAAGUCCUCGGAGCCAUUCUCGUCUCUACAAUCAUCUUCAUGAUCGAGAAAAUAAUUGUGCAGCUGGUGAGUGUGAACUACCACGCUCGAUCUUUCAACAACAAGAUCGAUGAUAUAAAACACGCGGCCUACCUCCUCGGGCUUCUAUUCGAUGCAUCUCGUAGCCUGUUCCCCAUGUAUGGCAAGGAGUUUCUUGAUGAGGACUAUAUCAUCCACCCCAACAUCAAAACUUUCAUCCGCAAAGGGAACGUAAACCAGGGGAUCUCAAUUGACCCCGAAACCGAUCCACGUGGACACCGUCGUCGCAUUUUCAAAGGCAUCGGACGAUUCAGCAACAAGGUCAAUUCCGUGUUCGGAAAUAUCGCAUCUGAACUCACAGGAAGGGGUGUUCUUCCACCACGGUCAGCGCAGUCGAUCGUCACGGAGUGCCUGCAAAGAACGAAGUCUGCGAAGGCGUUGGCUCAAAGGCUGUGGUUUUCAUUCGUCAUGGAAGGGAAUGAUUGCUUGCAUUUGAGGGACGUGCAGGAAGUAUUAGGACCCGAAUCUCAAGACAUUGCGGAAGAAUGCUUCGAGAUGCUUGAUCCAGAUGGAAAUGGGGAUGUCACUUUGGAUGAGAUUUCAAUGAAGCUCGCGGAAUUGGCACAGGAGAGGAAAGCCAUUGCAAGGAGUAUGCAUGAUGUCUCUCAAGCCAUAAAAGCACUCGACAAUGUUAUGUCUUCUGUUGCCUUUCUCCUGUCUCUUUUCACCUUGAUCUGUUUCUUGGAUACUGGCUUCCACUCCAUCCUCUCGACAGCUUCUUCAACUCUGAUAUCCCUUUCUUUCAUCUUCUCAGUUACGGCGCAAGAAUUCCUCGGCUCCUGCAUCUUCCUGUUUGUGAAACAUCCUUACGACAUCAGCGACCGCGUCGACAUCUACGGACCCGAUGGAAUCAAUCGUCUCGAAGUCGAGCAGAUCUCACUCCUCUACACCAGUUUCAAACGCAUCACUGACCUCGAAAUAAUCCAAAUCCCUAACAACGUCCUCAACGCGCUCUGGAUCAACAACAUAUCCCGCAGCAAAGGCCUCCUCGAGCGCCUCGAGCUCUUCAUCUCCUUCGACACCUCCAUGUCGGACAUCGAGGCCCUGCGUCUCGAAAUGCAAUCCUACAUCACCGCCCCCGAAAACAGCCGCGAUUUCCAGCCCGAGAUAGUCCUCCGCUGUGUCGGCGUAGGAAGUAUGGAUAAACUGCAACUCCAACUAGAAGUCCGACACAAGUCCAAUUGGCCAAAUGAGCAGAUCCGUGCCGCAAGACAUUCGAAGUUGAUGUGUGCACUUGUUCUUGCACUGAGGCAAGUACCAAUUUUUGGGCCGGGAGGAGGAGGCGCUCCACUUGGAGAUCCCGCGAAUCCAACUUAUAGUGUAUCCGUGAGUGAUGAAACCGCAUCUGCGGCGAGAGAAAAAGCUGCAAAGGACGCAGACGCUGCACGUCUUCAUCCAGUGAACUCUCAGCUGCAAACGGCGGUCCCAGAAAACUCUCAAUUGGGCAAGAACUCAACAAACGAGCCUUUGGCUUCAAUACCAGAGAGCAAGGCAGCUGAUGCCCUGAACGCAAUUCGGUUGAGCGAAGAUCCGCUGCGAGAUGAAGAAAGGGAUAAUCACGAGGUCAACGUUGUUGGGAAACAGAGUUCGUCGGGAACCGCGCUCGACAACAGUAUGAAUCUCGAGCUUAAGAAAAGCAAGACGUCUCAAGGGAGAAGGAAGGCGGGGACUUCGGCUCCUACGAGAACUUCUGGGACUGGGAGAUGGGAGGAGGGUGAUUUUAAUGCUCGGCCGAGUUGUGUGGGUGCUGGGGACUUUGAUCAGGAGGCUCAGGUUGGGGGACAGGAAACGGCAUAACUCGGGCGGAUGCAAACAGUGGGAGUUCUACUCAAAGUAACGAGUAAGAGAGAAGUGAGACAAGACGAGCCAGCACCAAGAAGAAGUGGGAAUAGUGUUUCUAUUUAGUGCUUUGGGGGGGGUUGAGGGGCGCUCUCGCAGAAUAUCUUUCCUCGCAGUGAACUCAAGCAACCACCAGAGGAGGGGAAGAGCGUUACAGGAAGAUAACACUAGCUAAUACCAAAGUUUCCAAGCC